GUGGCUGAGGAGAGGUCACGCCUUUUGUCAUGCAAAUCCGCACGGAAACAGCCUCCAUAUUGUUGUGUACGGGAGGAGACGGCAGAGCGAGAGAGAGAUCUAGAGUUGUUCUCUCCGGAAACAGGACGGCAUGGCGGCGUCAGAGGAAUGGGAACCGCUGGACUUUCGGUCGGGGAUCGAGCACGAAGAGAUCAGGAACUUAGUGGCGUACUUCAAGCGGUAUCAGCAGCACAUGGCCAAGGUUUGCCGGACCAAAGGCGGGGAGGAGGCGACCAGGGAAUUCAUGGAGAACCUCCUCAGGCUUGUCCACAAGUACGACCGCAGGUUCCCACUCCCCAAGGAUUUCCUGUUUUUACGAGACAACACCUUCGAGGGGGUCUUAGACAUGCAGCCUUCCCACUUCCGGCCCCACUACCUCCACGGUAAGGAGUCCACGCCAGCGUACGUCGUCAUCAUCCCCAUCAUGGAACUGAACGCUGAGGACUCCUUCGACAUGUUCGACUACAUGAUCGGGCGGCCGAUGCACGGAGGGAUCAGGUUACUGGACGGCGUGGACCAGUACAAGUGGCGGGACUGCCAGGUCGAGCACGAGAGUGGCGGGAACACUUACACUUACCUCUCGUCGGAGAAGGUCUGUGAUUGGUUCUUCAAGGCGGUUUCCGCGGUCGCGAACGAGGCGACGCCCAUGCCGGGACACUCCAUGACAUUGGAGCUGAACGGGCCGGCCAUUACCAUUUGCGUGGAGGGGGGAGAUGCGUGUGAUAUUGUGUAUAACAUGAUUCCCACGGUGCGGUGCAAAGGGUGGCCGACUGCGGCGCAGGCCUGGUGGUCACGGGACCACUACUGGGACUCCAAGGCUAACUCUGAGGUAGAGAAUAACGGGUACCACCUGCUGCCCAUGUGCUGUGCUGACGGGAACCCGGAGCUUGAGUGGCGGCUGUCAUUCUGCCAGGCAGAGCUGGAACUGGCCAGGUUCAUCCCUCCGGUCUUCAUGCACAACUUCAACGUGCUCCACUCUGUCAUCAGGAAGGAACUAGCAGGCUCUGCCGUGGUGAGCCCGUACCAGCUGAAGACGAUCGUCCUCUGGGCGUGCGACCGGUUAAGACCGGAGUUCCUACGAGACGAGGCUUUCAUUCCGCUGUCUCUGUUUGGCAUGGUGGACGACAUCAUGCACUGCCUUAUCAACAAGUCCUGCGCAAACUACUUCUUACCACAAUAUAACAUGUUCUUACACUGCAGUGAGGAGAUGAUGUUCCCCGUAGCCAGGAAACUGUCCCUGAUCAGAACAGACCCAGUCAAGUACAUCUACUUGAGGACGGCAGCCGAGUGGAGGGAGACAGCUGGAAUGAUAGCGGAAAACCCCCAGACCGACCAGAACAGUGACGGAAAGGACUCGCCCGUGAGAAGCCGGCCCAAGGCAGACAAACCCCCCCUCAACGACAGGGAGAGCCGGUUCCGAGACUGGACCUCCCAUAUCGUUGACGUCAACCAGGGCAAGAGCAUCUCGGUCUUCAUCGACCCAAACGAUAUCAGCACCGCUAGAGCUUUCCGUAUCGACGAUAAAUUCUACUGAUCUCCAGAAAGACAUUUCAGUUAACUUAAAGGCCUUCUUCAUAAGACUGAGCUUUCAUAAAGACUGGACCUCCCAUAUCGUUGACGUCAACCAGGGCAAGAGCAUCUCGGUCUUCAUCGACCCAAACGAUAUCAGCACCGCUAGAGCUUUCCGUAUCGACGAUAAAUUCUACUGAUCUCCGUAAAGACAUUUCAGUUAACUUAAAGGCCUAAUCUUUAUAAGACUGAGCUUUCAUAAAGACUGGACCUCCCAUAUCGUUGACGUCAACCAGGGCAAGAGCAUCUCUGUCUUCAUCGACCCCAACGAUAUCAGCACCGCUAGAGCUUUCCGUAUCGACGAUAAAUUCUACU